AUGUUGGCCGUCUAUGGUGGUGAUGGGUGUGCAUAUUCCCCCCACAUCGAUAAUUUUGAUGGGGAUGGGCGUUGUGGCAAAGACGAAGGUCGGCUCCUGACCGUCGUUGCCUACCUCAAUGCACAGACUUGGGGCGCGCAUCGUGGCGGGCACCUCAGACUCCAUUCAAAAACAGGAAGGUGUGUUGAUGUUUGUCCGACCGCGGGAACGAUUGUUCUUUUCCGCGCGGAUACUCUUGUCCACGAAGUGCGCCCGGCCUUUGUUACACGCCGUGCUAUGACCGUGUGGCACAUGGGCCGGCGAGAGACAGCCGCCGACCAUGGGGUUCUUCGGAGCGAGUAA